AUGGAGCCCGAGGAGGCCGCAGCAGUGGCAGCGAAGGCAGCACUGCGGACCCCCAAGUGCUCCCGCUGCCGUAACCACGGCUUCGUGGUGCCGGUGAAGGGCCAUGCCGGCCACUGCCGCUGGAAGCUCUGCCUGUGCGACAAGUGCGCCCUCAUCACCGAGCGCCAGAAGAUCAUGGCAGCCCAGAAGGCCCUGAGGCAGCAGGUGCCUGACCCCCCGGCUGGGGCAGACACAGCGCCUGCUCCCCCAGGCGAAGGCCUUGGGGUGGCCGCCGGGGCAGCCGGGGCCCCAGAGCAGAGCAGCCAUGAAGGAAUGAAGGGCACCCAGCCCACCGGCAGCAACGGCAAAGGCAUGGCAUACAGGGGGCCACCACCGCCUCCCAGCGGCCCUCCCUUCUGGGAUUACGCUCACCCUGCUUUUCCUCCAGAAUACGUGGUCAACCCAGAAUACCUGGACAGAGAACCUCCGAAAGUGUACCCUGGGUGUUCUGGGGUAUAUCCUUACCACCCAUUUCCCAUGGGAUUUGCCAUCAAUCAGUCAAGCUGUAGGGGAGCACCAUCACCUCCAGGGAUAUCACUUCAGAGAGGUUUCCGACACAUUCCUAGCAACUAUGGGCCAGGGAAUGCAGCUUCUGUGUCAAUUCCAGAUGGAAGUGGAGAGUUCCACCAAGGAUACUACACUCCUCUGCCUCACUUCAUCCCACCAAGUUUUCUGCCAGGGAUUCAUUACAUUCCACCUCCCCUUUCACUGAACAUGUUGGCUGAAACAACCAAGGAAGCACAUGCUACUGAAGCUGACAGUCAGGAUUCAGGGGUGGUUCGUGAACCUGGCCAACCACCUUCUUCCCCAGAAGAAACAAGCAGAGACCAAUCUGUAUAUUCUAAACAGUAA